AUGUUACCUUGGUUGAACAAGCAUCCUUUAAUUUCAGAUAAUUUAGUUGUCGCUAGAAGAAGGUUAGAUACUACUUUAAAUCAGUUGAAAAAGUCCAAUUUGUUUGAAUCGUAUAAUUUAAUAUUCAAUGAGUGGUUGAACGAGGGUGUGAUCGAAAUAGUAAAUAAUCCCGAAGAGAAUAAUUGUGUGCACUAUUUGCCUCACAGGCCCGUUAUUAAGAAUACUAGCGAAACCACAAAAAUUAGGCCAGUCUUUGAUGCAUCAUCUCAUGAACAGGAUCGUCCUUCUUUGAACCAGUGUUUAGAGGUAGGGCCUAAUCUUAUUGAACUUAUUCCUUCUGUGUUAUUACGAUUCAGACAACAAAAAAUAGGUGUUGUGUCGGAUAUUCGAAAGGCUUUUCUUCAAUUUUCUGUACAUUCGAAGGACAGAGAUUUUUUGAGGUUCCUAUGGAUGGAUCUAAACAAACUAAACAAAGUUUCUGUUGUUAAGAAAGAAGACAAACCGAUUACAAAACUACAGCAACUGGAAGUUGACAAACCAUAUAAAAUAAUAAACAGUAAAAUCGUCAACACUGCAUUUGGCCAAUCGGUGCUUCUAGAAUUAGAGGAAAGUGUGGUGUUCCUACCGAAGCGGGUUACCGAGGACUACACCCCCUAUAUAGAUCAGUUGAGGACAGAAAAGUACGCUGUCGUAUUCAGAGGCCUGAAUAACGACCAGGCUUGUUUUGCUUGGGCCAUUGUAUCAGCCCUAUAUUCAGUUAACAUAAACACUAACAAAACUACUUCAUAUCCUCAUUACACCACUGUCCUUAAUUUAAAAGGUCUUACAUUUCCAGUAACUCUAAAUCAAAUUUCCCUCUUUGAAAAAAAUAAUGAAAAUAUUUCCGUUAAUGUUUUCGAGUUAAAUGUUAAAGAUGAGCUUUUCAAUUUUUCGGUACUUCCUGUGAGAUUAACUAAACAAAAACGGGAAAAACAUGUCAAUCUGUUGAUAGUUCAAAAUAAAUAUUAUUUUAAUAAUGAAGUGGACAACGUCGGACCAUGGAGUGGUGGACGUGAUGAAGAUCUAAUACAUUUUCACUAUAUUUGGAUAAAAGAUUUAGGCAAACUUGUCAAGUCACAACUUUCUAAACACAAUGGAAAGAAAUAUAUAUGUGACAGAUGUCUUAAUUAUUUUUAUACAAAAGAAAAGUUGGAUGCUCAUAUCAUCUACUGUGAAAAGAUAGAUGACUGCAAAAUAAGUUUCACCAAAGAACCAUAUGUCAAAUUUAAAAACUUUGUUUACAAAGAAAAAUUGCCAUUCCUAGUAUACGCAGAUUUUGAAUCACUGCUCGUUCCUCUUCGCGCAUCCCACUCAACACCAUCAACUACGUCAACGCAUCCAUAUCAAAGACACACAGCGUACAGUGCCGGAUUAUAUUUUAAGUGUAAUUAUGACGAUAAUUUUUCAUUCUACAAAAGUCAUGUGGGUUUGGAUUGUAUGUCAUGGUUUUCACAUGAAAUUGACAAUUUAGCUCAAUUUAUUCAUUCAAAAUUAAUAAAUAUUCAACCCAUGAACGUUGAAGUAAGUUUAAAAGAUGCUACUGAGAGAUGUCACAUUUGUAAUAGAAAAUUUUUGGAGAAGGAUCGAAUUGUAAGAGACCAUUGUCAUUUGACUGGCAAUUUUAGAGGUUUUGCACACAAUGGGUGCAAUUUAAAUUAUAAAAAAACAUUUGUGGUUCCAAUAGCCUUCCACAAUAUGAGUGGUUACGACUCGCAUUUCAUAAUAAAGGAUUUAGCGAAAAUGUACGACAUUUCCAUUUUACCAGUCAACAAAGAAAAAUAUAUUAGUUUCACAGUUUACCAUAAAAAGACAAAUAUUAGAUUCCGGUUCAUUGAUACUUUUAGAUUUAUGGGGAGUUCAUUAGAUAGCUUAGUUUCAACUUUGAAGCCAGAAAAUUUUGGAAUUUUAAGAAAACAAUUUCCAAAUUUAGAUGAUGAAACGUUUAAGUUGUUAACUAAAAAAGGAGUAUUCUUUUAUGAUUAUUUAGAUAAAAUUGAACGGUUGGAUGAAACAAAGUUGCCAAAUAAAGAAAAAUUCUACAAUAAACUGAACGAUGAGCAUAUAUCAGAUUCAAAUUAUGCUCACGCUAAAUUAGUGUGGGAGAAAUUUAACAUGAAGACUCUUUGGGAUUACAGUAAUUUAUACAUGAAGACAGAUAUACUUCUUUUGGCUGUAGUUUUCGAAACUUUUCGAGACACAUGCUUCAAGACAUAUGGAUUAGAUCCAGGACACUACUAUACCAUCCCAGGUUUUACAUGGGAUGCAAUGCUCAAGUAUACAGGAUGUCACUUGGAAACUAUACAAGAUGUUGAUAUGCUUUUAUUCUAUGAACGAGGUAUACGUGGAGGUAUAUCACAGUGUUGUAACCGGAUGGGGGAGGCUAACAACAAAUACAUGAUGAAUUACGAUCCAUCUAAACCUUCUAAAUAUCUCAUGUACCUUGAUGUUAACAAUCUAUAUGGUUGGGCGAUGAGUGAACCUCUCCCUUAUGGAGGUUUCCAUUGGGAUGAUACAAAUAUCGAUGUUAUGUCAAUACCUGACGAUGCAAAAGAGGGAUACAUUCUUGAAGUUGAUCUCUCUUAUCCAGAAAACUUACAUGACUACCAUAAAGAUUUACCGUUUUGUGUAGAGCAUUGCAAACCUCCUGGUUCCAAACAAUCUAAACUCUUGUCCACUCUGUACAAUAAAACUAACUACGUUAUUCACUACAGGAACCUAAAACAGGCUAUAUCACAUGGAUUAGUUCUUACUAAAAUUCAUAAGGUAUUGAGAUUCAAGCAAAUGACUUGGUUAAAAGGUUACAUUGCUCUUAAUACACAAUUGAGGGCUCAAGCUAAAACAAGCUUUGAGAAAAACUUAUACAAGCUCAUGAACAACGCUGUAUUCGGGAAGACCAUGGAGAACCAAAGGAAGCAUAGGCUGGUGAAACUAGUAAAUAAAUGGGAGGGACGCGUAGGUGCUCGAAAUUUGAUUGCUAGCCCGAAGUUUCAUAGUCGCGUUAUUUUCGAUCAAUCAUUAAUGGCAGUAGAAUUAAAGAAAGCUGAAAUUAUUUUUAAUAAACCAUUGUAUGUUGGAAUGGCAAUUUUAGAACUUUCUAAAACCUGCAUAUAUGAAUUUCAUUAUGACUAUAUGUUACAAAAAUUCCCAUUAAAUCAAAAUAAAUUGCUUUAUAUUGAUACUGAUGGAUUGAUUUAUGAAACUGAAUGUAAUGAUAUAUACGAGGAAAUGAUUAAGCCUGACAUUCAUAGAUUUGAUACAAGCGAUUAUCCCCCAAAUAAUCCUUGGAAUAUUCCUUUAGUAAACAAAAAAGUGCCAGGUCUAAUGAAAGAUGAGAAUAACUCAAAAAUCAUGACUCACUUCGUUGGUCUUCGUUCAAAGCAAUAUACAUAUAAAGUGGCUGGGGAGAAAGAUGUUAAAAAGUCGAAAGGGGUUAAGAUGAAUGUUGUAAAGAUGAAAAUUAACUUUGAUGAUUAUUUGAAUUGUUUGAAAAGUUUUCGUGAAACUGCCGAAACAAAAUCACUUUUUUAUGCAACACAGCGUUGUAUACAAUCUAAAUUACAUGAAGUUUACAGUAUUGAGCAAACUAAAAUAGCCUUAAACCCUUUUGAUGACAAACGGCACUUACUCUCCAACACUUUUGAUACGUUGCCCUGGGGCCACUACAGUAUAACACAUAGGUGA